CAAAGGUCGCUCCCCUGUGUAUCGGUACCUUGUCGUCGGCCAGAAGGUCGAUAACAAGGGGUGAUUAUGCUGCAUUGCACGUUUUGCAACAAAGUAUUCCAGGGGACUCAGUACCAAGCCACGAUUCACUUCGUCCAAAUAAACUACUGCAAGGACGGCAUCGACGAGACAUUGUACGAGAUCGCAAGACGGAGUCCAGAAAAGUUCGAGUCCGGCCAGAUGAAGAGGGUGGGCAGGUACGCAGCGGAGCAUGGACUCGAUGUGCCCCGGGGGCGUGGUGCAAGCGGUGGAGAGGCGAGGCAGCAUCUGGUAGAGGGAGGGGGCGGGGGAGAUGGUGGGCAGGGUGCGUCCGAUCGCUCAUUGGGGGGUGGAGGGGGUGACAUGGAGGAGGACAUCAUCCACAUCGAUCACAAGGCACGUGGCCCGGAUGAGGAGGGAUUCUCGGAACACCAGGACGUGCCAGAGUUUCGUUUAGCCAUUGGGGAAAGGAUGUUGGAAUGGCUGCGGCGAGCAGGCAAGGGACAAGUGCCUGCAACGGAGGGUCUGAGGCACGAGCCGCACAAAGGUGCGGAUGACGACUCCUACUCCGUCGAGGAGGAGGUUGGCCACCGUGCCACUCCAGCGGACAGAGGGGGGCUACCCCGAGCAGAGGAGGAGGUCACAACAGCGGCAGCGGUGGAGGGGGAGGUCGUGGCAGCGGAGGAGGAAGUACCAGCAGUGGCGACAGGGGAGGAGGAGGUGCCAGCUGGAGCAGCAGUGGAGUGGGAGGAGGCAGUGCAACCAGUGGCGGUGAUCUUAGACGUUGUUAUGGAGCAUGAGGGUGCGGACACCACUGGGGGCGGUGACGACGUCGAGGAGCACCUCAUGCAGCAGUUUAUUACAGAGGAGCUCGAUCCAGUCGUGGGCGGUCUCACCUCGGGUAUGGCGAGGGGGUUGGGGAUGUCUCCUACUACAGGGGGGGCGGGUUCAGAGAAGGGGACCCACUUCAACUUUGACAUGUCGAUGGGCGCUCCCCCUACUUGCGGCGGGACGGCAUCGACGGAUCGGGCGCCUUCGUUGGACGAGGUGGCAGGCGAGACGGGGUCGCAAACCCCGAGAGAGAGGACGACGACGGAGUCUCCGGAUGCGGCACGCGACAUCAUUGAGCGAGAGAGGGUUCGACUUAUGGCAUCCAGCAACCCUCGUGCUCAGGCGUUCGCAUGGGCCUUGGAGGAGCGCAGACGCAAAGAGACAGGGAGAGAUGGUGGGCAGGGUGGGGUGGUGGCGGGGGCGGGCGUUAUGGAGGGAGUGGCAGCAGAGGAGGCGGAUGAGGCUGUGGAGGGUGGGCCACAAGCGGUGGAUGAGGUUGUAGAGGGUGGACAGGGCCGAGACGGGGGGGCUGGCGACGCACGGCCCGCGGUUCACACGAAAGUGAUGGGUCCAGUUGUCCCAUUCUCGGGUCUGCACUCGGCCGAGGCCCGACGGUCACAGCCGACUGAGGUGGCAAUGUAUGAUGUGCCACCUGUUAUUUUCACGGAUUUGGGGUCCGAGCCGCUGGUUGAGCCUCCAUGUCCCCAGCGACCGGCACCGCAGGAGGUCGAUCGUCCAUUGGAUGCUGAGGAGUUGGCUCCCACCACUACGCGCCAUACUCCUCGCAAGUGUGGAGUGCCUCGUCCACGACUCGUGCCUGUGGAGGGAGGCGCUGCACUUGGAGAGUCUUCGAGGGCGGAGGGGUUGGGGAUGCAUCGUGGAUCACGCGGUCAAGACAUGGUCGCACAGGCUAGCACGAGGGUUGUUCUGGUGAGGAAGGAAGGCGGCCCUGUCACUAUCGAGGAAAAUGAUCCUGAGACGGCACCGACAAUUCAAGAGGAGGACGAGGAAUAUGAGGGUGAGGAGGAGAGUGAGGAGGAGAGUGAGGCGGAGGAAAGCGAGAGUCACGAUAACGAUGACGAUGACGACGACAAUGAGCCCCCACCUCCCCCACCGACGCGUGCAUCGACACAUCCCGCUGCGCAGAUUCGCGAGAGUGGGAACAACGGAGUUAGCGGCUCUACUGUGCCGGUUGGUAAUAGAGGGAGUGGAAGGAGCGGAGGUGAUGGCCCUCAGUCUAGCUCAGAGAAUUGGAUGGCGGGACGCACGUGCUUCAGGUAUGGUGAUCCGGAUCAUUUUCGGAACUUUUGUGACGACUACCAGGAUGCCAAGCGGAGGGGUAUACCUUUCGUUCCCCCGCCGCAAGUGCGUGGCGGUCGGAUGAUGGCGACUGGGCAGGAGCGAAGAAGCUUGUCGGCAGAUAGCACAAUUCGAAGGGGUGGAAGUGAAAUUGAUAGCCUCAUGCGUGAGUACUUCCUCCAGAAAGAUCAAGAAAGAAGGGAGCGUGUUGAGAGGGAGGUUAGGGAGGAAGCGGCUCGCAAUGAGGAAGCAUUGCGUAAAGAGGCAGAGCUGAAGAGACUCGAGGAACUGGCGGAGAGGCGGAGGUAUGAGGAUGAACGUGACGCAAGACGAAUGCGUAUGGUACGAGAGGAAGUACUUCGGGGAAAAGAGAAGGACGAGAGUGGGCCCGCCGUGAAAAAAGUGGUAAAGAUCGUGCGAACCAACGAGCGGGGUGAGACGCUGGAAGAAGAGAAGGAGCAGUUGAGGUGGAUGAUCACGACCGCGGAGGCUGACGAGGAAGAAUCCGAAGAUGACGAGUUACUUAGAUUACGGCGUAGGGCCGCUGGCCUUAGUCUGAAUGAGAAGAGAAAGCGGGGCAAGGAGAUGGCUGUGGGGGAUAACCCUCCUAUGGUUACGCCUACGAAGGGUAACAUACAGGCCUGUCCUAUGGAGCAAAAUCACAAAUUAGUGAGAUCUGCAAUGACAAAGGGGCAGGAGCUGGAUGCUCGUCUAACAUCCUCAAACCUGUUCGGAAGAUCUCGCUGUCACUCAAGCAUGUGAUGGCCGACACCAGACUCGGAGACAAGGAGAGAUACGAGGCUGAAUGCCGCGAACUAUUUGAG